GCUCUGUCUGCUGUUUGUGACCUUCUGGAGCUCCCACUGGAGAGGAGGAUUCUCCUGGGACGGCUCGGCUCUGGAGUUCAACUGGCACCCUGUCCUCAUGGUGUCCGGCCUGCUGGUUCUCUAUGGCUACGGUAAGUUAUUGUGCUGUUGAUCUAUAUUGCAUUAUAUAUGAUAUGAUAUGUGUGUGUUAUUUAACCUUCCCCUCGUUGAUGUAAAGGGAGUGGACAAAGGAAAAGAAAUGAAAGCCAGGGCACAUUUAGUUCUGUUGCUGUUGAUUUUACCACAAUAUCACAGAAGGGAUAAUAAUAACACUGAUCAUGUGUUACCUAACUGACUGUGCAAUAACAAAAUAAUAAAGAUAAAUGUAAAAAAAAAAAAAAAGGGGCACUCCACCAAUCUUGCACAAUGAGAUCAGUUGACUUGUCACAAGGAGCACUGCUCGGCCUGUGAAAACAGUUCAGCAUGACGUCCUCCGAGGCAGAUGUUACCACCAGGAUUAUCUUAUCUCUGAUCUGAGGCCCACAAUCUUCAACAGGAAGACCUCGCCUUAGAAAUUAGAGCCUUGGGGCUUGAAAAAGAUUCCAGAUUGAGUGUUUAUGGAGCUCGACCCAUUAACUAAAACGGUUGUUGUGUAUCGGCUCCCGUUCACCUGGAGUCAGAAGAAGCACAUCUGGAAGCUGGUGCACGCCGGGCUGAUGUUACUGGCUCUGGUGCUGUCCGUCCUGGGCCUGUGUGCCGUGUUCGACUUCCACAGAGGCAUCCAGGCGCCUCACCUGUACUCCCUCCACAGCUGGGUGGGCAUCUGUACUGUGGUGCUGUUUGCAGUCCAGUGGGUCCUCGGCCUGGGUGGCUUUUUGCUCCCCUGUUCUCCGCUCUGGAUCCGCAGCAGCCUGAAACCCGUCCACAGCUGGAUGGGAAAAGCGAUCUUGAUCCUCAGCGUGACCGCCUGCAUCAGUGGCAUCACUGAGAAACUGCUCUUUACCCUCAAUGGAGACAGCACCGAACCUUACAGCUCACUGCCUGCUGAAGCGAAGUUUGUGAAUUCCCUUGGCCUCCUCAUCGUGGCCUUUGGAUUGGUCACUUUUGGCAUCCUGUCCAAUAAAAAAUGGCAGCGGCCAGAAGAAGAUGCUGAAAGUGUUCAGGUGAGCAUGGAUGCCAUAGCAGGGACUGUAUUACUGUUGAUCAGUGCUGAUGAUCGGUUCUGUCUGUUUCAGUAUUUUAACUCUUUGGGUGUCAUUGUAAUUACAGCCUCUGCUCAAUGUACACAGCCCAUGAGAACACUGGGUGCUCGGCAGGGAGACGUCAUCGUGCCACAGAGAGCCGUGAGCACACAGGCGUUCAUUACAGAUGGCUGGAGACUGUAAUGGAUUUCACUGGUCGAGACGUGUACAAGGAAUAUAAGGAAACCUCAUCUUUCUAGUUUAAAACACAUCGAUGAUGUUGGUUUUUUUGCUUUAAUGUUGUUCCAAACCUGCAAAGAGUUCAAAUGUUCUCAAACUCAUUACAUUGAAGAAUUUCAAGGAGUGCAUUAUUUGGAUCUGAUUAAAACCAUUUCUCCUUCUUCUUUUUCUUCUUCUUCAUCUUCAUCAUCUUCUUUCUUGUUCAACAUAAUAAAGAGUUCAAACACACAAAAAUCUUAAUUACAAUUCCUGAUAGUGACACUCCAAUUUGA